AUGGAAACGUCACAAGAGAACAAUUUUUUUCAACCAAAUGAUCAAACCGUACGACUCUCAUCAUCUUCCUCUUCUUCUUCAUCUUCUUGUUCUUCAAUAGAAGCUGAGCCAAGACCUGAUGAGAAUCUAAACUAUAACCAAUCUCCUCCAACGCAAAUCAUGGAGAGAUCAUCAAACAACACAACCACAACGACUACCUCGACUCCCACCACACCUCCUUAUAGAAUCCCUUCACACGUUUUCGCAAGAACACCUUCUACAGCUCCAGCUGAAUGGAGCACUCUCUCCAACGAAUCUCUCUUCAGCAUCCGCAUGGGAAACAAUAGCUUCAACGCAAACGAUUACUUCAAAUCAGGUGAGCUCACGUUUCCUCAGCCUCCUUCACCAAGAACUCCUCAUUUGCCUUCUCCAUUACCUUCUCCACGUCAAAAUACAAACCAAGAAGGAGGAGGAGGAGGAGGUGGUGGUGGUGUUGUGGAGGAGGCCAAAACUCCGGUGGAUAUAAACAAGAAAGCAGCUGAAGCAGAGAAAGCGUCUCCUGCAAGUAAAGAGGAAGAACAAAAGACUCCAUCAAGUAUAAGAGAGUUUAUCAUGGCUAAUGAAGCUGCUGCUAAUAAAGAUAACAACAAAAACAAUAAACUAGAUCGUUCUAUUUCUCGUCGGUCUGAAAAUUUAAGCGUCAAGUCUUUUGCUUUUCCAAUAUUGGGGAAUGCAGAUAAAGGUGGACUACAAGGCUCAACGCCGCAAAAGAAACAAACGAAGCCGUCACAGCCAGACACACCAAAGCGUUCCUCUGAGGCUGAGGGAGAUGAAGGGUUCAAGAAAGAGGAAGCUCCUAAAGCAGAAGCUGACCAUCCUCCUAACCGCACCCCUAAAUGGUUAUCUUGCUUCCCUUGCUGCACAACUUGCUGUGUCUGA